GGUUCUUAUGUCUUUCAGAUGUAGCCCAGACCUACAAGAGCUCUGCAGAACUGCCUCUCGUGGACGUUUGGAGGCCUGUGGUUGAACUUCUCCUGACUGACAGGAUGUCCAUCACGGACCAUAGCCCCACCACCGGGGUCGUCACAAUUAUUGUAAUACUCAUUGCCAUUGCCGCACUGGGGGCUUUAAUUCUCGGUUGUUGGUGCUACUUGCGGCUGCAGCGCAUCAGUCAGUCUGAAGACGAAGAAAGCAUUGUCGGUGAAGGUGAAACCAAGGAGCCCUUUUUGCUGGUCCAGUAUUCGGCCAAAGGCCCGCGGGUGGAGCACAAGACCAAGCUCACCCCUAACAGCACCGAGAGCCACACCUAAGUCCUCUCAUCUCCCUUCACAAUGCAUACUGUGUCGUGUUUGCAGACUCCGUCAGUCUUAAAGAAUUUUAAACCUUACAGUGUCAAUCAACACUGAAAUGAACAGAGGCAAACCUAGUGCAUGCAGUUGUCUAGUUGCUUUGACUUGAUUUUUUUUCCUCCGCCCAUUUUGUGGUGGUAGAGCCCUGCUAUAAUGUGAAAUCGACGACUGUGUGCGUUUUGUGCAAUGCUGUUUGUAAAGCCGUAACUGCGUUCUGAAGCGAAAUCAAAAUGAUUCUGAUUUCUUUGGUGGUGUAUUUACUUAAUUUUUUUCAUCCAGAGCUGGCUCUUGGAUUAAGAAAUUCGACACGAAUUUUAAUGGACUGAUUUCAAAACCAUGUCAAAGUUUUAGAUAGUUUUGAAGCUUUUCAAGCUUUCCAGUU